AUGGACGAUGACACCGUCCCUUUCCCAGCACAGCUGGCUCUCGCAAUAGCAAUCGUCAAGCAUAAACCAGCAGACUUGAGUAUCAGAGAUUAUAUUCUGAACAUCAGACAGCAUAUCAAAGAUACUCGAGACGCAGACAAAUCCUAUACUCAUGACAAAGAUAGAUUCUUCGACAGCGUUUCCUUCUGGCAGCAGGCGUACGAAAAGUCCGAAGCAGAGCAGAGCAAACUAGUAGAUCGCAUUUACGACCUUGAGAGGCGUAAUGAAGCCCUCAGUGCUAGGUUACAGGUCCAAAAUACCCCGUUUGAGGCGGAACAGUCGUCGUCGAAGCGAAAGGUAACCGUUGGCGAAAAAGCCACUGGAGGUACAACGGCACGGAAAAGAACCAAGACGCAGAUGGGUUCUAAGGGUAUAUCGGAUCAUACCUCAGCUCCAUGGGAUGGACUUGAUCGACUUGAUUAUACGGAGGAGUCUAUCGGCCCAUUCAUGAGGCAUUAUUAUACGCUUCAGAAAGUCCUUCAGAAGAAGCCUAAUGGCUUGGAUAUUGUUAAGGCUGCGGUGAAUCUCUGCGAGACAACUGCAAAUGAAAUCUCAAAGGUAGUCUCGGAGAAAAGAGCGGCCCAUUGUACUUCGAGUAAUAAGGGCUCAACGCGGAUUGAAGGGCCGACUACCGCUGAAGUGUUUCGCUGCAUGGCAUGCGCUUUCCAAGUUCUCUUACGGGCGUUGAAAGCUUUAUCUGGAACAGAGAAUGUCAUACGAUAUUCCAAUCGUGUCAUCUACCAUAUUGUUCGCCUGUAUGAAGCAACGAUUAAUGCUUUAGAGCAACGGUGCAAGGUCAAAUCCGACGAGACACAGGCAUCCAAGCAAAAAUACGCAGCAACCAAAAAGAAGGUCAAAGAUAGACAGUUUCCUGAAUCCAAUAUGAACAUCGAUGAUGAGGUUGCUACGCAGAUGGCUCGACUGCUAAACACAAUGGCCUCCUCCCUUAACCCUGGGUGUCCGAGACACCAGGAUUUACUAGAAGGGUUUCUAUUCAUUUUGCUCAAUCGCGUCGGAAAGUUGCUGUGCAUGUUCGUCUUUCAGGAUCUAAAGCUACGAACUGAUCUUCGUGCGGACUCUACAAAGAUUCCACUCCCUAGAGGCUUGACAGCACUUGACCUCAACGAUAAUUCGUUGUGUUCAGCAGAGAUGGAGGCGAAGUGUCUAAUCUGGCUAUUAGAGAGAUCAUUGGUCGUAUUGCAUAGUUUUACUUCAUCUCCAUCGGCAUCUCGAGAUAGUGACGGAAGCAUAUUAUUUGUGGCAAAUAUCAAGGAAAGACUACAAAGCACUCUGCUCCAGGCUGUUUUUGGCACAGAUUCGACUUGGGGAAAGUCACUCCAGCGACCCGCGCUGACUGAUGAAGAUCUUCGCAAUCUACAACUACCUUCUCAGGACCCUGAUCAAUCAGUCCCAGACUGGUUCACGCAAGAGGUAUGGAAGCUAUUAGGAUGGGAAAUAUUGGUGAAAAGCAACGCUUCAAAGCUUUGA